AUGAAGCAGGAUACCGUUCCCCAGUACGAGAGCUUCGUCAACCCGACUGACCUGCUCAAAUGGGUUGAAGAGCAGCCCGAGGAAUCGUGGAUUUCCAUCGCGCAAAAUGUUUUUGACCACCUCCUCUCCCUGGCCGCUCAGCCAAAGGGAAUCUCGGGCAACGCGUGCGUGAAGCUCUGCGGAUUUGUCGAGCAAAGCUCAAAGUCCGAUAAGCAGGCCCUGCGGCAAUGGGCCUUCUCCAAAGAACCCAGCCUAGGCCUCUUCAACUUCUUCAUCAAAUGGAAUGAAACGGAGCAGCACCGGUCCAUGAAGUUGGUCCUGGACCUGCUCCCCUCGCUCAUUCGCCGCAACCCCGACCAUGCCGUCUCCGAGCUGGUCAAGACGACCAUCUUGGAUACCCUCAUUAACAUCAUCGGGCCGCAGUCUACCAAGCCUCUGGUCAAGUCAUCGCUGAAGGCCAUGGACUACUUUGCCGGCAAGUCCGUCUUUAGCGUCGACGAUAUCGCGGCAAGCUAUAGGCGGACGCAGCCCGAGUGCAGCUGGGCGUCGGACAUUGCCCUGUGGGAGGACUUUUUCGGCCAGAUGCUUGACUGGAUGACUAUGCACUACGUGUGUCCGACCACGGGCAAGUUCAUCGUGACUAUCUUCAGGGCACUGAGACAGCAGUCUUUAAAGACACCACAAGCUGCAGGCGCCGAACAGUUCAGCGUCGAAACGUGGCUUCGCUGGGUACAGGCUGCCAUUGCCAAGACGCCGUCUCUACUCGAGGGCAUCAAGACAUAUGUUUUCCUUCCGUUAUUCAAGGAUGACCGCAAGGACUCGGUCCAGAUCCUGGAACAGAUCAACAGCAUGUGGUCUACCUCUGGCUCGGCCGUGGCAGAACUAGACACUCUGGCCCAGCUGAACCUUGCCGUGCUCGAGGUCGGCAAAAAGGUAGGCAUGGUCGAGGAGCCUGGUGCCAUUUACAAAGAGGAGUCUUCCUCAGCAGUAGUCCUGGAAGAGGCCGUGCUCGAGAGAGUCUUGUCGCAUCCUUCCCAUGAGCUCCGCUCGCUGGCGCUGUCCCUGAUCGUCGCCUCCCCUUCGACAACGAGGCCUUACUCACCAGUGGCCCUCCGCCUGCUGCAAGCCCACCUCCCUACGUACUUUUCAGAGUCGGACGCAAAGUUCCGCAUGGAACUGCUGAGCAAGCUCAAAGACAUGUUCAAGCGCAGCAGAGGCGCAAUCUUCAUCUUGCACAAGAGCUUGGCCCGUCUCAAAGCCUUUGACGGCGCCGCCAAAGGUGCGCCAAAGGCCCCCAAGGCGCCGCCGAAGCAGGCGAACCACCGCACCAACAUCUUGCGCUGGCCCGAGGACAAGCUUCGCGUGAGCUUGAAGCAGCAUGAAGACUUCUUGGCGUGGUAUAUCGCCUUCUUGCGGUCGGAGCUGAUUCCCACGGCUUCUUUCCAGCGGCACUUCACCGCGCUAAGGGCCGUCGCCUUUAUUCUCAAACUCGAAGCCGAUGCUGGCAAGACGUGGGAGACGGAGGAGGACGAGACGCUCUUCUUCAACCUGUUUGACGGAAAGUGGACGCGCGCGCUGCUUGACCUCAUCAUGGACCCCUUCGAUGACGUUCGUGAGAACGGCACCUCCGUCCUCAAGAGCUUGUUCGCCGACAAGCGCUUCAAGUGUCUCGUUGGAACUCAGGGGGUCUCGCCGACAUUGGAAGAGUUCUUGUCAAGAGCCGAGGAUGUUGCACGGAGAACGGCACGAGCCGAUCACGCUGAUGGUGUCGCUCGAACGAACGAGCUUCUCUUUAGAUUCUACGACGGUAGGGAGGCGCAGAUUGCACAUAUCUCAAAGUUGAUGGACCUUCUCGAGGGCAAGCUUGCCUUUGCAGAGGCCGACCUGGGCAAUGCCGUUCUGGAGGCGCCGGUGCACGGCUACUUUGCUUCUCUCCGGUACAUCUGGCAAGCUGCGGCUGACAUGAACUUUUCGCCGUCCGAGAUGGAGGCGAUGACUACCCUACAGAACCGCAUUGUCAAGUGCUGUCAACGCAUCUGGGCUGCGGUCAGGGACAUCCUGUGUGACGACUCACCCGAGGGCCACUUGCCUCAGGAGCUGGAAGAUCUAGAGGGUCUCGACACCAAGGACUUGCUGAGCUACAGCUUCCGCGCCAUCCAUGAGUCUAGUGCUCUGAUGCGAGUCAUGGUGCUGCCUCUCAAGUCCAAGGCCAAGGAGGGAAUCCUACAACCCUCCACCGACCUGUUCACAACCGUCGGAUCCUUAACCUUUGACCAGCUUUCAAGCCUCAGACACCGCGGCGCCUUCAACACAGUCUCGCUGUCGUUCGCAACCUGCUGCCAGCUGGUCAAGCACCUCGACGACCCUCAAGCAGGCCACGAGAACGGUGAGACCCUACUCGACGUCUGGUACAGAGGAACCAAGGAAUGCAUCUUUUCCCAAGCGUCCACCACCCGCCGCUCCGCCGGCAUCCCCGCCAUGAUCACAGGCAUCGUCUCCGCCAACGCGGCCCAGCCCUCCUUUGACGUCGUCAUCGAGGAGCUCGUCGCCAUCGCCCGCAAACCCGCCUUCAACUCCGAGUCGGACGGCUCCAAGCUGCCUCAGGUCCACGCCCUCAACUGCCUCAAGGACAUGUUCAAGAGCUCCUUCAUCACCCAGCUCGGCAAGUCGGCGCCUCACAUCCCGCAGUGCCUCGACCUCGCCGCCGGCAGCCUCAAGUCCGAGGUCUGGGGCAUUCGCAACUGCGGCCUCCUCUUCCUCCGCUCCCUCCUCGACAACCUCUUUGGCACAAACGAGAGUAAAGCCACCCUCGAGGCCGGCUGGGACGGCCGCACAACCCGCCUGCAGUACCACAAGUUUCCCAUUCUGCCCUCGGUGCUCUUGAACCUCCUCCGCUCCGGCCGCGAGGUCAUGAAGCCGACGACGCUCGGCAGCACCAUCGCCGCCGAGUCCGUCUUCCCGGCCCUCGACAUCAUCCGCCGUGCCGGACCCCCCGACGCCUCCCGCGACGAGCUGUACGGCCUCGUGGCGGGCUACCUCGCCAGCCACGUCUGGCACGUGCGGGAGAUGGCCGCCCGCGCGCUGUGUUCUUUCUUGUUGAAAGACGACGACUGGGUCCGCCUCGCCGAGGCCAUCAUCAACGACUCCCUCGCCGCGGCGCCCGCGAGCAGGAACAAUCACAUCCACGGCGGCCUGCUGACCGUCAAGGCAGUCUUUGAGCGGCUCGCUGAUGUCUCGCCCCAGAGGCUGUCGUCUGGCCUCCCGCGCGUGGUCUCGAUCCUCACUGAUCUGGAAACCAGCGCGUCCGACUCUUUUGCCUCCUGCCCAGACAUUCGCGCCGCCUACCUUGAAGUCCAAAACCUCAUCUCCCUCUUCACCCUCUCUCACCCCUCGUCAUCGCCAUCGCAGAGCGCUGCUUCCUCCACAAUCUCACAAACCCCACAAAGCGCCCUCCUCCGCACCCAAAUCGCCAUCGCAGCAGUCCACGCCGCCCAACCCUCCCCCUCCCCCUCUACCUCCCUCCGCGAAACCCUCAUCUCGACAAGCACAAGCAGCGUAGAGACAACAAUCACAACCCUCGAAACCCUCGCCUCCGUCCACCACCCGCGUCUGUCCCCCGAGCAAGCAGCAUCCUACGCCGCGCUCUACACCGACGUAGCCCGCUCCGCAACGCACCCAGACUCCUGCGCCGCGGCCCUCGUCAACCUAACAGAGGUCCUCGACCAAGUCCUGGCAGCAGCAGCCUCACAACUCUCAAACCUCCUCCCCGCCGCCGAGACCCUGACACAGCUCUGGCAAGACCUCCUCGCGCGAACAAUAAACCCAAACCUCUCCAACGCAAUCACCCGCGCCAGCGGCCCCAUCAUGGCAUCCCUCGUCUCUCAAUCCCCCAUCGCCUCCCCAUCCACCGCGCAAUCCCUCCGCGGCUGGGGCAACCUAAUGUCCUCGGCCCUCCACGACUCCCGCCCCUUUGACACCCGCAUCGCCGCAGCAGCCUCUCUCGCCUCCUUCUUCUCCUCCUCCUCCUCCUCCUCCUCCUCCUCCUCCUCCUCCUCCUCCUCAACCACCCCAGCAUCUUCAACCAGAGACCAGCAGCAGCACGACGACGCAGCGGCACCCCUCCUCCCCGUCCUCACAGCCCUCUACGACGCCCUCAACGACGACGACGACGAAGUCCGCGACCUCGCCUCCCUCUCCGCAAAACACAUACUCGCCCGCCCCCUCGCGCCCAUCGACGCCGCCUCGGCGCUGCUAUCCCACAUCUCCGCCACCCACCGCGCCAGUCCCGCCCUCCACGCGCUCCUCGCAUCCCGUCUCACGGGCCAGGUCCAGCAGCAGCAGCACGCCUCAGACGAGACCGACACCGCCAACAACAACACCUCCCAAUGGACCACCACCACAGCAGACUCCCAACUCGCCUCCGCCCUCCACUUCGACGACUCCCUCUUCGCAAUCGAAGAACAAAACCUCUUCAUCGACGAAGUCCGCGAAUCGAAGCGCUGGGCCGCAGUCCUCCAAGACGUCUUUUCUUCUUCUUCGUCUUCUUCCUCUUCACCUACAGUCUCCACGUCAACAGCCCACAAAGCCCUAACAACCUGGACCUCCACCGGCCUAGACGCCCUCCUAACCCUCACAUCCCAACCCGACCACUUAGACGACGGACCCCUAGGCUGGACAUCAGACCCAGACGUCUACGCAGUCUGCGCGCGCGUCCUCCUCGCCGCGGCGGCGCUCGUUCAAGUCGGCUCCGUCAACGCCGUCAACGGCGACGACGGAUCCGAGGCGCUCAAGGAAAAGUUGGUACAGUUGCGGAGCGUGGGUCAGCGGGGGAGACUUCACGGAUUGUUGUUGGAGAUGAUGGAUACAUGA